UAUGAAUGCAGUGUGGCCACAACGGUGCUUGAGAAUUGAACAACGACUUUCCAAGAGUUAAAUCCAGAAAAAAUUGCCUAAGAUUGGGAAAAUAUCCAUGACGAAUGUGGCUUAUGAACUUCCUAGGAAGAAUUAUGUCUACGGUUAAAGACAACCUUGAAGAUGAUGAGAAUGAGCACCCAGAAGAGAGGAAAAUUUCUCAUACAGAAUACACCGUUUCAUCAGAGGUUAACGCUUACACAAAAGGAGAAGUUAUUAAUGGUUCAUCAGAUUCCCUGAUCACAAAACAGGAUGGCAUCACAGCUGAAAAACAGAACAUUAGCAAAAGGCACAAGGCAAAAGGCAAAACUAAAAACAGUUGUGAAUGCUUGACAGAAUCUAAAAGGAUUGUGGAGGAGAAGGAGGAAAUGGAUGAUGAGGAGCUAUUUGAGUGUCACCUAGGAGCCAAUGGCCAAGUGGUUCUUUGGAGCUCAGAGAGGGAAAGACAGCUCAUAUUUCAGAGCUUGGCUACAGAAGACCCCUCCAUAGUGCUUCAGGAGAUAUUUCUCCCUACAAGAGGGACAGUGCAUUCUGGACUCUGCACAACUGUGGCCAUGGGAAUUAACUCUGUGCUCUCAAGAUUUGUUUUUACCAAUCCAUUUGUAAAGAAUAAUACAAAACUACCAGAUACAAAGAAUGUCAGUGUUGACUGUGAUGGAGAUCUGCAAGUUGUGAGAAAAAAUCAAGUUAGUAGCAGAAAGGAGGAAGUCUUGCUAAUUGAACAUCAAAGUGCAACAACUCUAGACUUGGUUGGUGAACAAGUAUGGGGAGGAGCUUUGUACUUAGCAGACUUCAUACUUCACAAACCAGAUAUAUUUGCAGGGAAGCAUGUCUUGGAGUUAGCUGCUGGUGUAGGCCUAACAGCCAUUGUAGCAGCCAUGUUUGCUAAACAGGUUACAGUCACAGACAUUGACCGUGGUGACAUAUUGAAGCUCAUCAGUCGUAAUCUCAAUAGAAAUGCACACUUAUUGUCAGCUGAUACUGAAGUGAAAGAAAUUAACUUCACUAAUCACCAGACUAUAGAUGUCAUGGAAGAGCAUUUAAAAAAUGUCUCUGUAAUUAUUGUUGCUGAUGGUCCGGUUUUGUGUUACUUCAUACUUGUAAAAGACUGGAGAAGAUAGUGAGUGACCAAGAAGAUGGUGACUGACUGGUGAGGGUAAUGAAAGAUGGGAAAAUGUGAAGAACUUGAAGGAGACAAUCAUAGAUCUGUGUAGUUUGAGAUUUUAUUACUUUUACUUAGGUACUCAGAAUUCACUUCUGCUAACCCUUCUGAUAUGAGCAUAUGUACACUUUUGGGAUGCAGAGUGUGUGAGAUUGUAGAUGGAUUAAGCAGUGCUACCUUGUGGACAGUAUCUUACCCAUCUCUUUCUACCACAUCUCUCAUUACAACAAGUAACAGUAUUAAAAGUAUGUGUAAGAAAUAUAAUUUUUCCUUACAAGGUGUGUCCUGAUCCCUCCCCGACAAGUUGGCUAAAUAUUCCACUUUUUUUUAAGGAAAAAUGAGCCUCAGCACAAGAAGGAUAGAAUAGUAUGUACCUGGUUUUACAGCUGCCUCUCUUAAUUGACUACUGCAAGCUAGUCAAGGAUUUUAUAUGAAACUUGUCAUGAUUGAAUCUCUCUUUGAUGAUUCAUUGUUAUUUCUCGCAGAGAUCACAAUGAGUCAUGGAAGUGUAUCUCCUCGAUUUCCAUGUUACUGGGCUGGUAUAAGAAUUUUAUUGUUAAAUAAAUUAUUACAGCAGUCUUACAAUUAUUGUAAUGAUACUAAAAACUACUGAGACUAUUUUGUUCAGUACAAUUUUCUUUGGAAUUUUAAAAUAUGCCAAAGGGAUCUUUAUUCAGUUUUAUCAGCAUUUGCAUAACUUUUUCCCAAGGAUGAUUAAACUACAAAACCUCUUAUUUGUGUCAAUAAGCUGUAUAAAUUUUAUGAAAUUAUGUUAAUUCUCUAUGGGCUGAUACCUUUUGUCAAUAAAAAGGGAUUUUGACAAAGGAAAAAUCUAUUUCUGGGCGGUGACCUGUGUCGCCCAGUGAAAUGGUUCCUUUAGCACUCAUUUCUAAGGUAUAAAUAUUGCUAUAAAUACCAGAGAAAAAAGCUAUAUGGUAAUGCCAGAAUAGUUCGGCUCGCUCACCCUUAUUUAAGGUGUCGGUAUGGUAUCGGGGGCGAGUGAAACCACUACCAGAGGUCCCCCUGCCAUUUAGUCUCUUCCUUUCUCAAUAUCCCUCGUCUACAGAGGAGCCAUUCCAGGCCCCUGCUACCCGCUACUGUUACAACUAGCGCUUUGUUUACCAUUCCUUUAGAUAGCACCCAAGCUUGGGCCAAAUAGGGUGUGGAAAUAGAGGGUGGGUUUCACUGGGCGACACAGGUCACCUCCCAGAAAUAGAUUUUUCCUUGGUCAAAAUCCCUUUUCUGGGCUUAACCUGUGUCGCUCCAUGAAAUAGUAACAGAGAAUUGGCCCCACCAGCUUGUAAAGUUAGUGUAGAUAAAUUAUUGUAAGGAAAUUGAAACUUGAAUAACAUUAAAUACUAUUUAAUAUUAGUUAUUUAAUCUACAAGUAAGUAAUAAAAUUCCUUAAUACUAUGAGAAUUUUAAUAAUCCUUAUUCUAUAAAACUUAUCUAGUAACUAGGGUUGUAUAACCCAACAAGUAAUAUUAAUAAAUCACACGCCAAUAAACAGGAAUUUAAUUUCAUGAUUAUAGACCCAGAUAUACAUAUGUACAAUCAAAUUCAUCAUGAUACAUUGCAGGUGCAAGCCAAGGUACAAUGUGCAACCCAGUAACAACUGAGCUGAGGUCAAGAAUGCUAGUGAGGCAGGUAGGAGAGAGAGAGAUGUAGAGAGAGACCUAGGCUACUUAAAGUAAUUAUUACUGCUCUAUGCAGUGUCAGGGGAAACUGUGUUCCCUGCCGCCACUGCUGGGAAUUUAAGGGCCUCUAACAACUUUAGGCAGUGGCAUUUAAAUACUGUCGGAGAUUUCCAGCCUGUGUACUUUUUGUGAUCGUCAAAAUUCAUAUGUUGAAAAUAAUUAAUUGAGGUGGCUACCGUCCUAAUAUCAUGCGCCCGUGGAAAUGAUUCCGGGUUAGCUUGCUUGAUAAAGUAUAGAAUCUGUUGUCUGAUUCCUCUUAGGGAGAUAGUGCCACCCUUUUCCCUAAUAAACGAGGGACCUGAAGAUUUCGAGGCAGUUCUGCUUAAGUAAGCUCUUAACGAAUUAACUGGACAUAAGGACGGAUCCGGAGGAAGUGGGACAAUCUUCCAUGGGGACCAUCUUUCUUGUGGGUCCUCAUUUUUAGCCAAAAAUUGAUGAUCUAAUAAGAGUAGUAGUUCUGAGGGGAGGAACUCAAUAUGUUCUGGUUCCCCAGAAAGGGCCAACAGUUCAGAAAUUGUGGCUCCUGAGGCUAGACUUAUUAGGAAUAAUGUUUUCCUUAGGAGCGUUAUAUAAGAACAUGAUUCGUUAGCAGUGUCCGAAGCUAGCUUAAGGACAUCAUUUAAGAAUCAGGAGACCGU